AUGUUUCAAGCAAAGUCACUGAAACUUGUAGCUUUGACCCUUUUGUUAGUAGUGUCUUAUUUUACUUUUGAAGCUUAUGGGAAUGCAUUAGGUGAUCCUAAAUGUGAUCCACCAUGUCAACAAUUAUCUCCACCAAUUUCUGGUUACCCUUCUUAUGGUGCUCCACCACCUCCACCAUCUGGUUACUCAAUAUAUGCACCACCACCACCACAUCACCAUGAGAAAGGGCAGAGUAAGUGUCCUCCUGCUGGUGGUGUUCAGUGUUGUACACCUCCUGCUCCUUACAUCUAUGGACCUCCUACUAAUCCUUAUGAUACUUAUGGACCACCUAGUACUUAUGCUCCUCCUAAUCCUUACACUUAUGUGCCUUAUGGUGGAGGUGAACGUUCAGCUUAUGUGGUUAUGCAAUUUCUAGUCCCAUUUUUUAUGUUAUUUUCUUCUUUUAUUCUCUUCUGA